AUGGCCACUGGUACUGCACUGCCACGACCUCCGCCAAUGUCAUCUACAACUGCUGUUGUCAGUGGUCCAUUAUCAAAUCCUAUCACAAUACCUCAACCGAUGACUACUACGCCGAGUGCAUCGAAUCAUCACCCUACAUCAGUUCCUUUGCCAUCCUCUUCAACAUCAGCAUCCUCUGCAUCGUGUUCUCCGUCUUCCACUUCCAUCUCCAACUGUUCUCCUUCUUCUUCCUCCUCCUCAUCAUCAUCAACGUCAGUGAAUAGACUAACAAAACAUCCAAUCAACAAUCAACACGCAUUGAUGACAACUCCACUCUCGUUACCAUGGUUACCGGAUCAGUUCCAUUCACAUUAUUCCAUUCAAAAUCAUUUUCAUUCAACGAAUAGCAACAGCAACAACAAUCCAUUUGAUUUAAUGUUAUUAGAUAAAGGCAAAGAAAAUUAUCUCAUUAGUAAUCAUACUACUGAUAUUAAUCAUCUUGACAGUAGUAGUAGUAUAAGUAGUAGUAGUCAACAAAUAGAAUCACUUAAAUUAUCUUCAUUCAAUCAUGUGGACACAUCAAAAUGUAUUGAUUUGAGUAGUAAUAGUACACAACAGCAUCACAAUCGUCAUGUCGUGGUUACUAAGGAGACAGUGAAUAUCAAUAACGCUGAUUAUGAGGAUGACGACAAUGAAGUGGAUGUCACUGUUCAGUCGUUAGUCAUCCGAACAGAUGAUGACAUUGACAAUAGUCAUCAGACAAAUGAAGAUUUACAAAAUUCUUAUCACCAUGACAAUUAUAAAUCGAUAUCAUUGACCAGAUCAACAGCAACAAUUACCACUACUGGCACUACUAACACUACUACUAAUUUAAGUAGUAUCACAAAUGAAACAUUUUUGAAUAGAAAAGAUUUUUAUCUUGACUACACUAAUAGUAAUAAUAAUAAUAAAUUUUUGUCUGUUGCUAACUGUUUGUAA